UUAUGAGGCUGGGCCUGGUACAGAACCCCAGAAUCCAGAUGUGGUAAACUGCUCCAUCUUCAUAUAGAUUCUGUCAGUAUAAAAACCACCCAAAAAAAGAAAAACUUGUUCAGUUCAACAGUCAAACAAAGGGUCUCAUUCUCUUCUACUGCUGAGUAGAAAAUUCAGAAAUGGAUUCAGCAGCACUGAGACUCUCUAACAUCAGAAGACAUCUACACCCUCAACCUUCUUCUUCAAGUUCUCAUCUUUCAAAGGGUGGGUUGAUCAAAAUAAGCCCUGAAGUUUCUGAUGCUUUAUCUCGUGGAGCUGCAGUUGUUGCUUUGGAGUCUACUAUUAUUUGCCAUGGAAUGCCCUACCCUCAAAACUUGGAAACUGCGAAGGAAAUAGAGGCAAUUGUGAGAAGUAAUGGAGCUAUUCCUGCAACCAUUGCUAUAUUGGAUGGAAUUCCACGCAUAGGUCUCCAAAGUGAAGAACUGGAACGACUUGCUAGAACUGGAGCUCAAGUUCUAAAGACUGCUCGUCGUGACAUUGCUGCAGUUAUUGCCGCUGGAGGAAAUGGUGCUACAACAGUUUCGGCAACAAUGUUUUUUGCCUCAAUGGUUGGCAUUUCAGUCUUUGUGACCGGAGGAAUUGGAGGAGUACACAGACACGGAGAGCAAACCAUGGAUGUGUCAUCUGAUCUUACUGAGCUUGGGAAGACUCCAGUAGCAGUGGUUUCUGCUGGUGCUAAAUCAAUUCUUGACAUAUCUAGAACCCUCGAAUACUUGGAAACCCAGGGAGUUUGUGUUGCUGGAUAUAGGACUAAUGAGUUUCCUGCCUUCUUUACUGAAACAAGCGGCUGUAAGGUUUCUUGUCGCAUAAACUCCCCAGAAGAUGCUGCUCGCUUAAUAGAUGCCAACACAAAACUCAAGCUCGGAACUGGUAUACUAAUUGCAGUUCCUAUUCCGAAAGAACAUUCUGCUUCUGGAAGCUUUGUUGAAUCUGCAAUACAGAGAGCCUUGACUGAAGCAAGGGCACAGAACAUAAAGGGAAGUGCUGAAACCCCAUUCUUGCUUUCGAAAGUAAACGAAUUGACUGGAGGAGCUUCAUUGACUUCUAAUAUCGCUCUUGUGAAGAAUAAUGCAGCUGUAGGUUCCAAGAUUGCUGUUUGUCUUUCCCAAUUAAGAGGAUAUGAUUGUCAAGUCAAAUCUUGAAAGUCAUCUAUACUCGGGAUCUUUGGCUACAUGGCUGGCUCAUACUAGUAUGCUACAUGGUGUCAUAGAACUCUCAAAAGUAAUGUUGAUGGAAAAUUGGUCGGUUUCCACCCUUCAUUGCUGAGCUAGGGGUCCCUUAGAGCAAAGCAUAUCAAGUAUGUCGUGUUCGGGUUGAAUUGCAGCAUUUCCGGCUCAAACGAUGGCAAUUUUCGGGCUUGUGUCCUGGCAUCAAAGACUGCUUGACCCGAUUUUGCCCGGCCCAUGAUCAGUUAUGGCUUCAUGUUAUAUGACUCAUUUGCUGUCCUCCUUUGGAGACCAUUAUCUCUUUUUGUGAUUUAUUUCAUGGAAAGCUUAAAAUGAAGUACAAAUGUUACAAAGCUGAAAACAUACUAUUAUAUUUGUAUUAGUGUAGUUCAGUUAUAUUAUAUGGUCUAGUUUAAUAA